AGCAGCACCGCCCAUUUCCUUUGGGAAAAAAGUGGUCAGCGAUUUUUUUAGCUGACAUCUUUAUGUUUUUAGCCUUUUAGCCUUCGGUGCUAAGUACUUUUAGGAUUACUUUUUUUGAUCAAAGGUCUAUACCCAAAUCGCAGGAAGUCCACGCUGUGAGCGAGAGCAGCUUCUCUGCAUUUGAAAAGUUACUAUGGAAGAAGUACAGCAGGUCAGCAAUGGUAUUGAGUUACAGACUGCAACCAUUCCCACUACCAUCACAACCUCUCAGUUCUCACAGAUAGGCCACCAGAUGUCACUGGGUGGUUCUCCUGUAGCUGUUGUGCAGCUGCCUGGUGGUCAGUUUCAGGUUCAGGGUGUGAUCCAGUCUGCACAGUCAUCAGUCAUUCAGUCCCCUCAGGGGCAGAAUACACAAGCCCUGGGUACAGACAGUGAAGACUCACAGGAUUCAUCAGACAGUGGAGCAGCAACUCAAAAAACCAGAGAAAUACUGGCGAGGCGGCCUUCAUAUCGAAAAAUCCUGAAUGACCUUUCAGCAGAGGAAGUGGCACACAUUGAGGGAAAGGACAGCAGUCCCACAUCCACAGGAGUUACGGGUGUUACAGUACCAACCACACCAAUCUACCAGACCAGCAGCGGCCAGUACAUUACCAUAGCUGCAAAUGGCACAAUCCAGCUGGCAUCUCCAGGGUCUGAAGGCAUUCAGGGACUUCAGGCUGUCACCAUGGCCAACUCUGGUGGAGCCCAGUCAAGCACCACCAUCCUUCAGUAUGCCCAGACACCUGAUGGACAGCAGAUACUGGUGCCUAGCAAUCAGGUUGUUGUACAAGGUGCAGGAGGAGAAGUGCAGACGUACCAGAUCCGCACAGCACCCACAUCCACUUCCUUGCCUCAGACUGUAGUUAUGACGUCUCCUGUGGGACUGUCCCAGACUAAAACUGAUGAUCCAACACUGAAAAGAGAAAUUAGGCUCGCAAAAAACAGAGAGGCAGCCCGUGAAUGUCGACGGAAGAAAAAGGAAUAUGUUAAAUGCCUGGAAAACCGCGUAGCUGUUCUUGAGAACCAAAACAAGACUCUGAUUGAAGAACUCAAAACAUUAAAAGAUCUUUAUUGUGUUAAAACAGGGUAACCUGUGUGAAUAAUGUUCAUGGAUUGGGACGUAGUGUGACAGUGGUGCACCUCAGCCAUUUGGACGUGAUGGGGUUUCUGGGAACACUUCAUUUCAGGCUGAGAUUCUACAGGGUUUUGUUUUUUGUUUUUUUUACUCUGUUUGAUAUAAAAAAAAGUGACUUAUAGCAGUGACGUUUACUCAGAAAAAAAAUACAAAUUGGCCAUUUUUCCACCUGCUGUUUUUAAAAAAUGCUAAUGCUAUAACAUUUAUAGUUGUGUACAUUUUUAAUAAUGGGAGAUGUGAAAUUGUGAGCUUUAAUGUUUAGUCUCAGUUUCUAAAUGUAUCCCUUUCCUUUUUUUCUUGUUUUUUUUUUUUUAAAACUUUGCUGUUGGAUUUUUUUUUUUCUUAAACAACAUCUGCAGAAAUUUGACUAUAUAAUUACUACACAGACAUAUUUUGUUUAUUUUAUGAACCAGCAUUUCCCUUCAUUUCCCUAUAAGGAGAUGUUACAAUUGUCAUUCCUUAUGUUUGUGCAAUGCAAUAUAAAAGGUAAGAGAGAAAGGAAACAAACAAAAUUAAGUGUGGUUUGUUUGGGUGUUUUAUGGCCGUUCCUUAGACAAUCAGGGAAAAAAAGCACGGUGUCCAGGUAAUAUUUAUUAUAUACAUCAUGGGAGGGAAGGGAAAGGAGAACAAAACAGUAAAUGAAAUGUUGCUGAUUGUGUAAAUAAAUAUAUUUUCACUCAAUUUAUGUAGUGUGGCUAAUGUAUUGCAAUAAAAAUGUAAGCAGAUCUGUUAUA